GGGUGGGGGAGGGGGCGCGUCUCGGCGAGUCACGUUGAUGGCGGCCACCAGCCUGUGGUGAGCUAGCGGAUUCUCUGCUUGUCUCGCAGAGCCCCUCGUGCCUCCUGCAGACUCAGUGGCCGGCGUUGGGCGCGUGAAGAAGCACGGCGGCCAGAACUCGCGAGGAAGGCCGCAGUCGCGGAGGGAGCGGCGCGGCCUGGGCCCAGGGCUGGGGGAGAGGCCGCUCCGCAGGGCGAAUGUGACAAGCCCCCACCCCCACCGCCUUCCUCCCGAGUGCGCGAGGAGCGCGGGCGACCCCGGGGCCCCGCCAGGCCACAGACCCCGCCCAGCGGCCAGCACCCGGAGCAGGCCCGGCAGCGGAGCUGCGCCCUGGCACGAUGCUGGUCACUCUGAAGACCCUCCAGCAGCAGACCUUCAAGAUCGACAUCGACCCCGACGAGACGGUGAAGGCACUGAAAGAGAAGAUUGAAUCUGAAAAGGGGAAAGAUGCCUUUCCUGUAGCAGGUCAAAAAUUAAUUUAUGCAGGCAAAAUCCUCAAUGAUGAUACUGCUCUAAAAGAAUAUAAAAUUGAUGAGAAAAACUUUGUGGUGGUUAUGGUGACAAAACCCAAAGCAGUGACAACACCAGCACCAGCUACAACCCAGCAGUCAAAUCCUGCCACCACUACCACAGUUAGCUCCUCCACAGCUCCAGCUGUGGCUCAGGCCCCAGCCCCUGCUCCCACUCUGGCUCCCGCUCCUUCCCCUGCAUCCGUCACUCCAGCACCAACGACAGCAUCUUCUGAACCUGCACCUACUAGUGCAGCGCAACCAGAGAAGCCUGCAGAAAAGCCAGCAGAGACACCAGUGGCUACAAGUCCAACAGCAACUGACAGUACAUCAGGAGAUUCUUCUCGGUCGAACCUUUUUGAAGAUGCAACAAGUGCACUUGUGACAGGUCAGUCUUAUGAGAAUAUGGUAACUGAGAUCAUGUCAAUGGGAUAUGAACGAGAGCAAGUGAUUGCAGCCCUGAGAGCCAGUUUCAACAACCCCGACAGAGCAGUGGAGUAUCUUUUAAUGGGGAUACCCGGAGAUAGAGAGAGUCAGGCUGUGGUGGACACCCCUCCUGCGGUCAGCACUGGGGCUCCUCCGUCUUCGGUGGCGGCCGCUGCGGCGACUACGACGGCAUCAACAACCACAGCGAGCCCUGGAGGACAUCCUCUUGAAUUUUUACGGAAUCAGCCUCAGUUUCAACAGAUGAGACAAAUUAUUCAACAGAAUCCUUCCCUGCUUCCAGCAUUGCUACAACAGAUAGGUCGGGAAAAUCCUCAAUUACUGCAGCAAAUUAGCCAGCACCAGGAGCAUUUUAUUCAGAUGUUAAAUGAACCAGUUCAAGAAGCUGGUGGUCAAGGAGGAGGGGGUGGAGGUGGCAGUGGAGGAAUUGCAGAAGCCGGAAGUGGUCAUAUGAACUACAUUCAAGUAACGCCUCAGGAAAAAGAAGCUAUAGAAAGGUUAAAGGCACUAGGAUUUCCUGAAGGACUUGUGAUACAAGCGUAUUUUGCUUGUGAGAAGAAUGAGAACUUGGCUGCCAAUUUUCUUCUACAGCAAAACUUUGAUGAAGAUUGAAAGGGACUUUUUUUUUAUCUCACACUUCACACCAGUGCAUUACACUAACUUUGUUCACUGGAUUGUCUGGGAUGACUUGGGCUCAUAUCCACAAUACUUGGUAUAAGGUAGUAGAUUGUUGGGGGUGGGGAGGGAGGGAUCUAGGAUAUAGGGCAGGGAUAAAUACAGUGCAUGUCUGCUUCAAUUAGCAGAUGCCGCAAAUCCACACAGUGUGUAAAAUACUAUACAACCAAAAAUCAGCUUUUGCAGGUCUUUAUUUCUUCUAUAAAACAGUAGGUAAUUUUUCCUAGGUUUCACUCUUUUUAGUGUACUAGAUCCAGAAAUUUAGUGUAAUGCCCUGCUUUAUAUUUCUUUGACUUAACUUUGGUUUCAGAAAGAAUCUUUGCUACCUAGAAUUUACAGUCUCUAUUUCAUGGCAACACUGGAUAAUGGCUUUGUGAAAUUGAAAAAAUUUUGGAGCAACUGUAAGCAGAAAUGCCAAAUUAUUGAUGGUUAUUGUUGCUGCUUCAAAUACGUAUUGAAUUAAUGUGUAAGAAAGCCCAUUCUUUCAUGUUAAAUACUUGGGGUGGGGGAGGAAGAAGGGGAACCUUUUCUUAAAAUGAAAAUAAUUACUGCUAUUUUAAAAUUUCUUGAUCAUCAAAUGUGAGACCCUUCUAACAUGAUUUGAGAAGCUGUACAAGUAUAGGCAGAGUUAUUUUCCUGUUUACAUUUUUUUUUUUUGGUUUGUUUUGGGAAGAAAUUGGUAGUUGUCUAAUUACUGUUUACUUCAUUGUUAUAUUGCAGUAAAAGUUUUAAAGCCACCAUUGCAUGUUUGCUUUUGAUGUAUCCCUUUGUAAAAUUAGCACUUUGGGGCCAAUGGAGAAAUGCAGCAUUCACUCUCCCUCUCUUCCCCAUCCCUCUGCAGAAAUGUGUUUGUCAGUAAGUCGUGAGUUCAAAUUGCUGCCUUUUUUUAAACCCACAAAAUGCUGAUUCAGUUCAAAAGUAAUGCAAAUGUUCCAAAACUGGGUUUCUGAUAUUUGUGUUUUUCCUUAUUAGAUAAGAAUGUAUGACCAUUAAAGUCAUUAGGAUUAUAUUACUUUCAAAAAGAGGAGGUGGACAAAAGUAUAAUCCAGCAUCUUUUAUUGCAUUGGAAAGACUGGCGGAAUCUUCUGGAAGGGUUGGGAGAUGUAGCUGGAAAAGUACUUUGGAAAAUAUACAAUCAAGAAUAUCUCAUGGCAUAUUAAAAAAAAAUCUUAAUAGCAGUGUUGGCUUUUAUUUGGAUUUUUUUCAACUCUGUUUUUUAUUAGAAUCUCCUUCAUUGGCAUUACUAUUUGAUCGUAAAGAGGGGGAAUAUGUCUACUUGUUGUUUUUCAGAUAUUUUUUCCUCAAUAUAAACAAGACUGUUUAAAGGAAUUAUUUUUUCCCCUACCAUCUGAUACUGAGUAAAUGAAUUUGCACAGAUUUCUCCCUGCGUAAUGUUUUGCAAUAAUCCUUAGCAAAGUUUGGGGAUGACUUUUAAGCUUUCACGUCAUGCACUCGUACCUGUCUCUCACGAAAAUAAAUGAGACCAUGGUUUCUCCCCACAGUGUUAUCA